AUGCGUAGUCAGAACCUCUGCACGGCCAGAACCUCUGCACAGCAAGAACCUCUGCACGGCAAGAACCUCUGCACGGCAAGAACCUCUGCACAGCAAGAACCUCUGCACAGCAAGAACCUCUGCACAGCAAGAACCUCUGCACAGCAAGAACCUCUGCACGGCCAGAACCUCUGCACAGCGAGAACCUCUCUGUACAAGUCACCAGUCCUGCAGCUGUACAAGUCACCAGUCCUGCAGCUGUACAAGUCACCAGUCCUGCAGCUGUACAAGUCACCAGUCCUGCAGCUGUACAAGUCACCAGUCCUACAGCUGUACAAGUCACCAGUCCUGCAGCUGUACAAGUCACCAGUCUUGCAGCUGUACAAGUCACCAGUCUUGCAGCUGUACAAGUCACCAGUCCAGCAGCUGUACAAGUCACCAGUCAUGCAGUUGUACAAGUCACCAGUCAUGCAGCUGUACAAGUCACCAGCCCUACAGCUGUACAAACAGACCAACGAACAGACCAACGAAUUGACCAACAGACAGGCCAACGAACAGACCAACAGACAGGCCAACAGACAGGCCAACGAACAAGCCAACAGACAGACCAACGAACAGACCAACAGACAGACCAACGAACAGAAUAACAGACAGGCCGACAAACAGACCAACAGACAGACCUACGAACAGACCAACAGACAGGCCGACAAACAGACCAACAGACAGGCCAACAGAGGCACCUCGCGAGACAGGCACACCUGUAGCGUCAGGCUACACAACGGCGCUGCUAAAUCAGCUGGAAAUAUUGCAGUGUGCCAUGAGACUGCAGCUCAGCUGUCAGUUACUGCAGCUGCUGGCACUGCUGCUGAGCUGUCAGUUGCUGCAGCUGCUGGCACUGCAGCUGAGCUGUCAGCUGCUACAGCUGCUGUCACUGCAGCUGAGCUGUCAGCUGCUGCAGCUGCUGGCACUGCAGUCACUGCAGCUGAGCUGUCAGUUACUGCAGCUGCUGGCACUGCAGCUGAGCUGUCAGCUGCUACAGCUGCUGUCACUGCAGCUGAGCUGUCAGUUACUGCAGCUGCUGGCACUCAUGUUGGCUCUGCAGCUGAGCUGUCAGCUACUGCAGCUGCUGGCGCUCAUGUUGGCACUUCUGCUGCCACUAAUGCAGUCACUACUGCUGUCACUGCUACUGCCACUACUGCAGUUAGUGUUGUUGGCACUACUGCUGCCACUACUGCUGUCACUGUUGUUGUCACUGAUGCAGUUAGUGUUGUCACUGCAGCAGUUGUUGCAGCAGUUGUUGCAGCGAUGUCCCACAAAGAGCCAAGCAUCAAGUGA